AUGGCGCCGGGACCUGAAGAUCGACCGUGGUAUGCUCCAGAAGGUUGGGUCACGCUCUACGAGGCGUGGUUCAGCCUUUGCCACCUCUGGGUGCCUCUUCCGAGGCUGCUGACAGAUUAUGUAGAUCGUCGAGGCAUUGCGUUCUCGCAAAUUCUCCCUGCGGGAAUUCGAUUUAUGGUCGCGGCUCUGCUAUUUGGGAGCGAAGCUGGAGUCAAUGUCGAUUGGCGUUUCUUUGAAGAGAUGACCAACGUCCAAAAGAACAAUUCGAUCCCGGGGACGUACACAAUAAAAGCGAGGAAGGACUGUUCUUUAGUCUACCCUGUCAACAGGACGCCGAGCUGGGAGGCGUCCUUCUUUUUUGCGAAGGUGGAUGAGACGCUGGUUGUCGACACCUCCAGGAAUUUUAGGAACGAGUGGAGCGACAGCAUCGAUCGCAACGUUCAGUUCAGAGCUUUCCCGGAGAACUUCCACGAGAACAUCCAGAAGAUCAGAGCAAUCGGAAUUCAACACUGGCUUGACAUCCAUCGCCGAAGAGUCGAGGCUGCCAUUACCCGUAUUACGAACGCUAGCUGGAGGAGGGAAAAACAGUUAAGGGAGAGAGCGAUCGCGAUGUCUCCGAUUCAAGUGAACGCGCCUAGUCUUUCUGCGAGGCUCAGGGCCAAUCGCAGGUCGAGGCUCGUCGAGGCUCGUCGAGACAGUGAUCUCGUUGAGGAUCGCGCCCAAACGGUUGAGCCUGAGGUGGGGGCUCAAGAGGAAGGUCAGGCAGUUGCCGAGGGGCCUGAUGAAACUGCGAGGCGAGCUAGGAAAGAGGCAAAGAAGCUAAAAAGAAAAGAGAAGAAGAAAAAGGACAAGGAUGAGGUCGAGACCACCCAGCUUACCGGGGGGGUGAACCAACCCGAGGUUGAUGAGUCGGCCGCGAAGGAGGGAUCAAGGAAGAGAACCUCCGGCGAGGUGGUUGCAGGUGGUGAUCGCGAGGAGCCGGGAAAGAGGUCGAAGGUUGAUCCCACUGGCGACGGUAGGGCUCCGGAGAUCGAUUGGAGCUUCAAGUUUGAUUACCCCGAGUCCGGGGUGCCCCUUGUCAACAAUGCUGACAAAUGCGCUGAGCUCUUCGGAUUGAUAAAGGGAUCUACCUCUGAAGUUCCCGCCGCUGAUGACGCGGUCUUCAAAGACAUGGCGGGCUACGCCUUCAAGUUUAUCGCGAGCUGCAACCGCGCGCAGGGUCGAUAUCACCGAACGAUUCGAGCUGCUGCAACGAAGCUUUGUAAUGCUCAGUCUGCUGGGCAGAGAGCCGUGGAAGAGCGGGACGCUGCGAUUGCUCGGCGAAAGUCAGCUGAGGAGAAGUGGCAGGUCGAAAAAAGACGCUCCGAGCAAUUGGAAGAAGGCGUGAAGACGCUGACUGACAAGAUCGAAGAGCUGAAAGCGGAAAAUCAGGAUCUGAUCAGCAACCUGCAAACGGUCAAUGAAGCGAAGCUCCAGGCUGAGAAAGUGGUCGCGUCCGAAGUGGCUCGUGUCAAACGUCAUGCUGAGGAGAAGAUAGAAUCCGAGACUACUCGGAUUUGGGCAGAUGCGGAGAACAAGUUCUCGGGCCGCAUAGAUCGAUUGAGGACCUUUAUCGCUGAGCAGGAGGCCAUUGUGAAGGUGAAGCUAGAACUUGUUCAGGCUCGAGGUACUCUCGAAUGCCUCGAUCUCUUGAAGGAUAAAGAGAUGACCGAGGUCGAGUUGCGGGCUGAUCUCGAGGUGACCAUGCGCGACUGCGAGCUGAAACUUGAGAGACUUCGGCUAUCUGAUCUUCAGGAAGGCGACAUGCCCCCGCAAUAUCCCGAGACUCCGGACGGUGGUUCAAAUCAUGACGAGGCUGAAGAUCAGGGGCAUCGCGAGGAUGAAGAGGACCACGAGGGUGGCAAUCAGCCUGACGAGUAG